AUGGUUUUCAGUCACCCAUUUCUGCUGCUGCAGGCAAUGAUACUGCUUCAGCCUGCCUUGAUCCAUUCAGCGUUAGGAUCUUCUGAGAUAUUACACUUGCGGAGAAAUGAUGAACGGCUUCAACAAUCGCAGGCGCAGCAAGCGCAAUACCCGCAAUUUCAGCCCUCUUCAUCUGCUCGAUCUCUAGAAUACGAACGUGGCAGUUUUGGAUCCCUUGUUGAUGUUCCAGCCAGUGACUUCACAGACGCGAGCCACAACAAUAUUGCUACUAGCCACUACCGCUACAAUGAACGAGAUUGGAAUGUUCAAGUGGACACGGGUGGGCCGUUUGUAGGCCCGCAAGUGUUUGCAGAACCACGUUCGUCCCGGAAUGACACCACGGGUCAAAGCUACAGGAAUAACAACGCACCAUGGUACGGAGCAGAACCCACCAAACGCAUCAUUGGAGGAUACGAGGCUGACCCUCAUCCAUUUCACUCCAUGCUGCUGUUGCGAUAUGGUGGCGGCUGGAGAUGGGCCGGUUGUGGCGGAACUCUCAUAUCGAACUGCCACGUGUUGACAGCCGCACAUUGCACCGUUGAUCCUUCCAAGCCCGUAGGGGCAGUGUUUGUCAAUGCACAUCGUCCGUAUCAAGACAACCAGGGACUCCCCUUUCACUUUAGCGACGUACAGCAUGUGACUCGACAUGCAGGCUUCAAUAGCAGUACCAAUCAAAAUGAUAUUGCCGUCAUCAAAAUGACUAAAUGCCUCAAUGUUACCGAGUUGACCGAGUUCCCUCCAGCCAUUCCAGCGGCUCCCACCAUGCAAAUUCCAUCACAGAUGUUGGCUGAUAUUUUGGGAUUUGGAAAGCUCUCGGAACAAGGCAGCCUCUUUUUCAACGUUGAAGCUCUGCAGAGGGCUCAAGUACCUGUCAUUUCCCAACAAAGCUGCAGACAGUAUUAUGGAGAUCGUGUCAAAGAAGACAUGUUUUGUGGUGGUUUUGCAGAAGGUGGUGUCGAUGCUUGCCAAGGGGAUUCUGGAAGUUCCAUGACAUUUGAACAGGAGCAGGAUGGGACCACUGUCAUUUUAGGGGUCAUCAGCUGGGGGGUCGGUUGUGGUCGAAGCCAAAGUCCGGGUGUUUAUGCGUCUGUGCAGUAUCACUACGAUUGGAUUGCCAGACAGGUUUGCACCGAACCUGAAACUGGUAAUAUUACAACCUGGUGCUCCACCGAGACUUUUGGUCAGACUCUUAGUCCCAUCACAGGCAGCCAUUCUUCUGCUUUUGACUUUGGAAACAUCACUGAAUACGAAACGCUUCAACCAACAGCACUUCCUGCUACCUACAGUAGUACGAAAGGUGACGGAGGCAAAAGAUCCUCCAGCAAGGAUCGGUCAGAGGAGGAUCGGUCGGAUGAUGCUGCUGCCAGGUUCCAAGACUCUCCCUCCUCUUCUAUGUUUGUCGUUCUUGAUCCAUUGCCCACAGAUGAUGCGAAGGCGCCAGCUACCAUUUCCAGCAGCAUCACAAUAAACACUGUCGAAACAACAAGAGUUGUGACUAGGACAGCGCAACAGUCAGGGGCAAGGUCUGCCUCGUCGUUCCCAAAUCGGCAUCAACAUUCACCCAUUGUCCCUCAGUCGACCCACAAACAACGGACUUCAUCCCAUGCUCACCGCAGUGGUGGAGCGGUAUCUUUCUGGGCUGAUGGUGCCAGCGGCUGCAAGCCUUCGGGAAAUCCCUGUUGGUUAGGCAAUGAGUGUUGUUCCGGGAUUUGCCGUCACAAUGAGAGUAUUGACUUGGGUGGCACCAGCAGUGCCGCUUCGUCAUCGGUGUGUUUGUCUGCCAAUGCGUUCCAAAGAGUUUUCGACGACACCCCAGGUACCAGAUCUGUCGCUAAGGGGGGUAGCUUCCACGAUCAAGGCAAGCCUGGAGGAAGAUGA